GCUUGUUCGAAUGCGCGCAGAUGUGCGGGCGCUGCUCGGGGACGACGCCGCGUACGAGGCCGCGGCCGCUGAGGCCUACCCGGAGUACAACAAGACGCACCUCGUCUCCCUCGAGCUCCCCGACCGCAGCGGCGAUAUAAUCAUCACAACUUAUGGGGAGAUUGACAGGAACAACUAUCUGGACCCUAGGACCGCACAAAUUGCUACCGUGGACCAUGUUAAGCAGACUUGUACAAAAUUGAGGCCUGCUACAGAUGAGGAGCUUCCUUCAGGAUAUAUUGAAGAAUUUAGGAAUGCUAUAGAUUAUGAAGUGUCCAAUUAUGUUGGUGAAGCUUAUCCAAAAGGUGUUUCUGCCGUUUAUUGUACCAAUGGAAAGGAUGUAGAGGAACCAGGAGCUGAUUUUGGUUUGGCAGUAGUUAUUUCUGCUGCUAAACGAAGCCCACGAAACUUUUGCAAUGGCAGCUGGCGUUCCAUUUGGACUUUGGAAUUCAGUUAUGCGUUUCAACUUGUAGAAAUUAAAGGAAAGAUACAGGUAGAUGCUCAUUAUUUUGAAGAGGGAAAUGUGCAGCUGGAUACUGACGUUGAUUGCAAGGACUCCACAAUAAUGCAGUCGCCUGAAGACACUGGACACGCAGUCGCUAACAUCAUUCGGCAUCACGAGUCUGAGUAUUUUUCAUCUCUCGAGGAAUCAUACUUGAAUUUCUCCGAUGCAACGUUUAAGGAUCUCCGGAGGAAACUUCCAGUUACCCGCACCCUUUUCCCAUGGCAUAACACGCAUGCCAUCACCCUCACGCGGGACCUCGCCAAAGAGCUAGGGAUAGGGAAAGGAAGCCAUGUCACUAGGUACGACGCCUCUUCUCCUUCCUUUCCGCCGCCUCCCCACCGCAAACCCCGACCAGCCCUAGGGUUCGCCGCCAUGCCUCAGGGAGAUUACAUAGAGCUUCACCAGAAGCGCCAUGGCCGGCGCAUGGACUACGAGGAGCGCAAGCGCAAGAAGGAGGCGCGCGCCGUCAAGAAGAACUCCAAGGAUGCCCGCAAGCUGCUCGGUGCCAAGGGCAAGCGGUUCGCCAAGAAGCGGUACGCCGAGAAGGCGCAGAUGAAGAAGACCCUGAAAAUGCAUGAUGAGUCUUCUUCCCGGCAGAAGGUUGAUGAUGAUGUUGAGGAGGGUGCCAUUCCUUCGUAUCUGCUGGAUCGUGAUCCGACACAGCGCGCCAAGGUUCUCAGCAACACAAUUAAGCAAAAGAGGAAGGAAAAGGCUGGCAAAUGGGAUGUUCCUUUGCCUAAGGUCAGACCUGUUGCUGAAGAAGAGAUGUUCAAAGUUCUACGCACUGGCAAGCGGAAAACCAAGCAGUGGAAGAGAAUGGUAACUAAAGCCACCUUUGUUGGCCCUGGAUUUACAAGGAAGCCACCAAAGUAUGAGAGGUUCAUCCGGCCUACUGGUCUCCGUUUCACCAAGGCUCAUGUGACUCACCCUGAACUGAAAUGUACGUUCAACCUCGACAUAAUUUCGGUGAAGAAAAACCCAAACGGUCCAAUGUACACUUCUCUCGGUGUUAUGACGAGGGGAACAAUUAUUGAGGUGAAUGUUAGUGAACUCGGUCUCGUAACCCCUGCUGGAAAAGUUGUUUGGGGCAAAUACGCGCAGGUUACGAAUAACCCGGAGAAUGAUGGCUGCAUCAAUGCUGUCUUGCUCGUGUGAAGCUUUGAUACAAUUCUGGUUAAGGCGCUGAGUGCGCUGUUUGUAUCCGGCCUAACAAGGGCAAUUUUGUCGGUGUUGCAGUUCGUGCUUGUCUUUGGAAUAGACCCACUUUCUAGUGUAAUGUCAAGGUGGAACAGUCUUCUUCCCUCACUGUAACCUGCUGUAAGAUCUGAGCUAUAGAGCUGGCAAAUCCUUGAAUGGAAGUACCACAUGUCUUUCUCCCAUGUUCAUA